CAUACUGCAGCUGUUAUAUAAUAAGGACAGAUUCUUGAGGCGGCCAUUUUAGCUGAGUUCUAAGCUCCAUUUUGGGUAAACAUGUACAGAGCUGUGCAAAACUAUGACGGAUCGGAUACGGAGAAGUGCAUUAACCUCAAGGCAGGCGACGUUCUCUCGGCAGUGCACGCGCUCGACGACACAUGGUACCUUGGUUACAACCGGCGCACCUGCCAGACCGGCGUUUUCCCCGCUAACUGUGUGCGGCUCGAAAACAGCAUUGAACCUGGUACGGAUGACAAGGUCCGGAAAUAUUCUGAAAAGGAAGCCAAUCCUGUGAUAAGCGCGGUAUAUAGUUCUGUGCAAAAAGUACGGAAUGCAAUUGAUGAGCACGGCAUUGACAGAAAUCUGGAAGGCAACUUUGAGAAGUCGGCUGGAACUGACACGGAGAUUUGUUUGCAGGAAUCUUUUGAAACAUCUUUUACCACAAGCAUCGCCGAACAUCGGAGUGGGAAGGUUUCAAGCAAAGUCAAGAAGGACGAAGGAAUGGAUCACAGCAAGUCCGGUGAUACACUGACUAAGCUAAAGGCCACCACGGAUAUGCUUUUCCACAGCGGUAGGGAUGAAAACAAGAGGAUCAAAGCCGUUUUCGGUGCUCUCUCGGGCCUUGUUAUUGGAGGUCUUUUCCAUGUCAAUCUACGAUACAGUUUUAAUUACACUUCAAUUCAAGCUGGAAUCAUAGUUGCCAUUUCUACUGUUCUUAUCUGCUUUGGAUUAGCAUUAUCAUCUCGUUGCCGUUGCAUCAUGGCAGUCGUGCUGCCCAAUUUCUGUACAGGAAAGGGACGGGCAUUGUUUUUGUCCAUAAUAUUUGGAGUUCUGUUAACAGGACCAAUUGCAAACAUAGUACAUAAUGCUAAAGAAACAGGCAGCAGUAUGGGGUGUACUGUUGAACUUAUUACUGAUCAAGCACGCGUACUUCAAAGACAAUUGGCGGAACCAGUCAAAGAUAUGGCUUCAUACAUUGCUAAGCAGAAACAAGAACUUGAGGCGUUCAUCACAAAUACAAACGAAGCUUUCGUCAUUGCAAAAACUAAACUAGAUGAGAUAGACACGGCCAUUGCAGCAGCAAAGAGUAUCAAUAUUAUUUUCGAGGAAUGCGUGAGUACCAUUGAAAAACAACUAGGCGACUGUAAACAAGCGUGUGAUGUUAUUUGCCGGGAGUUGUGUAACAAACUUAAUUCAAUUAAAGCUGUAUGUAAUCUGUUGAAAUCGACAGAAAAUUUCGUAUCAAAUGUGGCAACUAAAACAAGAGAGGCAAUCGAUAACGCAACGAAGUUUAUCACAGCAGACGUUGAUUUGAAGGGAGACUUCUUGGGUAACGCUAACUCAUCUAAGUCGGCAAAGAAAAUCCAAGCAAAUAUAAAUAAAGAUGUGGCUGAAAAGGCAGACGUUUUGGAGAUAAUUUUCUCAAUAUUGGAAAAGGUUCUUUCUGUUUCCCUUCUUCUAGUUUUUGCACAGUCAUUCUGGUAUGUGCAAAGAUAUUUAGCAAAAGAUUGCUAUGAUAACGUGUACAUCACUAAUGAAUUUCGAUUACACGACUCAAUGGAAUUUGACAAUGGCCGAACUUCCGUUUUACCUUUGAAGAAAAGAGAGCUCUCAAAAUAUGUCAGAACUCGCUCAAUCAAACUAAAUGAAUUUGAAAGAAAAUACUGCACAAUUGGUCUUGCAGAGGUUCUUCUUCAUGUUGUCUUCAGUACCGUAAUCAUAUUAUUUGAUUACAUUUUAUACUAUGUGUUAAAGUUGAUUAAAACCCAUGGGUCGAUAGAGUUUGGCUUUCAAGGUCAAGGCCGCGUCAAGAUCGCUGUUAAGGGUGAGGGACCACUCGCACAAUUCUACCAGACAAUGAUUAAAGGUUUAGACCUCAAAGAAGGGUUCACCGCUAAUCUUCUCCUCAGCCGCUGUCUUCCUAAGCCCUCAGCACCGCAAUGGUCAACCGUAGUGGUUCUACUGCUGCUAUACCUGUUAGCGCUCGCAUUUGUCAUAUUGAGUGGAUAUGGCAUGAGGCUUCGUCGCAAAAUCUCAGCUUACUUUUACCCAGAGCAGGAAAAGGCUCGAGUUAUCUAUCUCCACAAAACUAUUCGACACAGACGGGCUGGCUUUCAGAAAUUUCUUCGCCAGCAGGUAAAGUCCUCUCAUAAAGAGAGCAUGGUGAAAAGCCAGCUUCGUUUCUCUUCUUGGCUGAGGUCAAAACUUUUCUGUUUCGACAGAUUUUUACCAAACAAAAGUAAGCAGCAGUGUUCCUGUUGCGAGCAGGAGGAUGUGAAGGGAGGGGCGUUGUUAAAGAAAUGUGGAACGGAAGAUAUGAAUGGAGUGUGCGAUGCAUUGUUUUGUGGUGAGUGUAUUAUCGCGCUUGGUGGAAUAUGCCCACUUUGUAACGCAGACGAAGUUGAAAUGAGAGACUAGAAUACAUGCAGAUAGAUGGUUUUAUACCAAUCGGUGUGCAUCAUUCUUUUUUGUCGCCCUAUUUUUCCGUUGUAAGGAUCGCUUUAAUUCAAUCAUUUUCUCACCAAAUGUAUCUUUAGAGAAAACCCAGCAAGCUCAGGACGUCAGAAUGACGUUGGAAAGGCGUCGGGUUCGACGUCGGAAGAAGGUCGGUACGCCACUCGUGAAAAUAUAUUUUCUGUGACCACUCGUGAAAUAAAAUACGAUCUUACACUGAAUUCAACAAAUAUCCUCUAUAUCUUCGGAUAUAUUUAGGUAAUAUAAAGUAAAAAUAUAUGAACCUGUAAUUGAUCGUAGUUAUUUUUGCGUGUUGACAUGAGUGCAAUACUUUGACUCGAAAAGAUAAGUGCCGAUAUUUUUACAUGCAUUAACUAAACAGUUUCAUUUAUUAAAAACGCUCAAAACAGUAAAAAGGCACUGUAUAUUCUCGAAAGAUAACACAAAAAUAAGAUACGUUCCGGAAACCAGUUAAAUAACAAUUAUAUAGUUCAAUGGAACAAUACAAACGCAAGAACACAUAGUACAUGGUUUAUAUCAUACGUAAUAGCAUGUUUUAUCACAUGCCGUUGCUUACAUCGAGUGUAAUACAACUUUUUAUUUUCAUACCUGUUAAAUUUCGGUCUAAAAGAGUGCAGAAAGGAGUAGAAAUUCGUUCGCUCGAACAAUGCGUACACAAACGCAUAUAUUUGUUUAGCUAUUAUUACUGUUAAUUUAUGUUUGAUUAGCACCGUUAAUACAUAUUCAUAUCCUUAUAUUCUAUAAGUGGUUAUUUCACGACGGUAUUCAUCGUUUUCGAUCUAUUUGGUAAGAGACAUUUGUCAUUGUCAUUUACACGUCCGGUGUGCAAGAAAAGCCAUUCCUUCCCAUAGGUAUAACUCAUUUAGCAUAAGUUAUUCUAAUUACGUUUCAAAUGUAGAAUAACAUGAGUUUCGUUACGACAAAUAUGCGUCAUUAUAAUUGUUCCUGGAAACCAACACAAUAACAGCAAUUAAACCUGCAUAUAUUGUCACAGAUCAGCAUGAAACGUCCCAUUCUAGCAAUUAGUUUCCAUGCUUGGAUUCCAACGAAACAACGGCCCAAUAUGCAUUUUCUCGCGUAAAAUGUUCGACUUCAUCAUACAACCCUCAUAAUCGAUCGUCAUCAAAUCACAUGCCUAAUGCUACCGCGCAGCGGUGGGUGGUCAUGUUACUCGUAACGGAAUGUAUGUUUUGUUUUGUCCGGAAUAUAAUGAUAUUAGUAAAUAAAAAAAUACAUAAAUAAAUUUUACUAUGCAAGACCAAGUAAGUUUAAAUUUAUUCAAUUAUUAAAUUUUGAAAAUACUGCAUUUCUACGAAAACUAACUUUGUAUUGCAAACAUGCUUUUAAGCUACGAUAUUACGCUUUGAAUAAUAAUACUUAACUUUAUUGCCUUUUACAUGUUGAAACCAUUGAUAUAUUUAUAUAUGUAUAAAUAUGCACUCUCACAUUUAUCAACUAUUG